AUGAUCUUACACCGCAAAAAGGAAAAAGAAACGAAGAGAAAAACAGUAUAUAAACCCCAGCUGCGCCUCCGAAGCUCCGACCUCCACCGCCCGGCAACCGCCUCCCCGUGCAUCGCAACCGCCUCAGGCGCGGCUUACCUUUUUCUUUCAGUUACAGGAUUAGUCUUUAACUUCUCCGACGGGGUAUUGAUUAGUACCGACGACGCUGAUCUAGGAAUGCCAGGGGCGACGAUGGAUUCCGAGCUGCCCGUUGAGCCACAAUCUCUGAAGAAGCUGAGCUUCAAAUCUUUAAAGAGAGCUCUCGAUCUAUUCUCUCCUACACACGGACAAUUGCCGCCGGCUGACCCGGAAAGUAAGAAGAUCCGAGUGAGUCAUAAGCUUCAUUCUGAGUAUGGGAGUGCAAGAAAUGCAGCAACCGAAAGUUCUACUCGUAUGGCAGCUGCAAAAGGUCAAGCGCAGCAGACUUCCGCUCCAUCAAAUGUCCUAGCACUUCCAGGCCCUGAACAGUCAAAUAAUGUACAGAAGGGAAGGUUGCAGAAGGAUUUGGUGAUUAGUUCGACAGGGCAGCCUAAGGGGCCCACCGACGAUGGGGUUCAAGUCAAGAGCACAUCAAUUGUUCCAGCUCACGGUUCGUCUGGAAGAAAUCUAUCUACUUCUGCUAUCAUGGAGAGAAUUCCAAGUAGAUGGCCUCGUCCUGUAUGGCAUGCACCUUGGAAGAAUUAUAGAGUCAUUAGUGGCCAUUUGGGGUGGGUGCGAUCGGUUGCUGUUGACCCAAGUAAUAAUUGGUUUUGCACAGGAUCUGCUGAUCGAACUAUCAAGAUAUGGGACUUAGCAAGUGGCCGCCUGAAACUGACGCUUACUGGUCACAUUGACCAAGUACGAGGUCUUGCUAUUAGCAGCAAGCACACAUACAUGUUUUCUGCUGGUGAUGACAAAUUAGUUAAAUGUUGGGACCUAGAGCAGAACAAGGUUAUUCGUUCUUAUCAUGGUCAUCUAAGUGGUGUUUAUUGCUUGGCUCUUCAUCCCACUAUUGACAUUUUGUUUACUGGUGGGCGAGAUUCUGUAUGUCGGGUUUGGGAUAUUCGCAGCAAAAUGCAAAUUCAUGCACUUUCUGGACAUGAAAAUACGGUCUGUUCAGUUUUCACAAGGCCUACGGAUCCGCAAGUCGUAACCGGUUCUCAUGAUUCAACUAUAAAGUUAUGGGACCUUAGAUAUGGUAAAACAAUGGCAACUCUCACACAUCAUAAGAAAUCUGUACGAGCCAUGGCUCUUCAUCCGAAGGAGGACUGUUUUGUGUCUGCAUCUGCUGAGAAUAUUAAAAAGUUUAAACUUCCAAAAGGGGAAUUCAUGCACAAUAUGCUCACUCAACAGAAAACUAUUAUUAAUUCAGCGGCAGUCAACGAGGAGGGUGUACUUGCCACAGCUGGCGACAAUGGAAGUUUGUGGUUCUGGGACUGGACGAGCGGUCACAAUUUCCAGCAAGCCCAGACAAUCGUCCAGCCUGGGUCAUUGGAUAGUGAAGCUGGUAUAUACGCAAUUACAUAUGAUGUGACAGGUUCGAGGCUAAUCACUUGUGAAGCAGACAAGACGAUUAAAAUGUGGAAAGAAGACGAGACGGCCACCCCAGAGACUCAUCCCCUUCAUUUUAAGCCACCCAAAGAUAUGCGGCGUUUCUAGUUGUAUCUUGUCGAGUUUCGCAUUCGUUCUUCGCCCCAAAGAGUUAAAAAUUUGUCGAGUUUCGCAUUCGUUCUUCACCCCAAAGAGUUAAAAAUCACGUAAAAUGUGAUAACAUUCGAACAUGGACAUGGAUUUUGUGCAACACUUGAAUUAACGGGGAUAACCAGCCUUUUAUACUUGUUUGUAAUGUUCGUCGUUUGAUAUAUUUCAGUGGUCUUAGUCUUUGAGUUGUAA